AUGGGAAUCUAUGAUGUGCUUUAUCUUAAACUUGAUCACAAAGGAAGGAUGCGCUUAAGUGUCAGUAUCUAUGAGCAGAAUGACAAUGAGAUUGUCAGACCUCGAAAACCCCCAACAAUGGCUUCUUUGAGUCUGAGUAGGAAAGAACAAGCGGAGAACAGCUACCACGAUGUGAAGAAGGAAGAGGAAAGAUGUGAAUCUAUGGGAGAACUUGAUCUUAGAGUAAGAAACAUUUAUGAAAAGCACUUUGCUUCUCGCCUCGAUGGUCGAAAGUGGCACGAGUAUACCUAUAUUGAUCGGUGA